AUGUCGACCUCGAGCCAUUCCGACCAGGUCAAGGACCUCGACCUCGAGAAGGGCAGCACCCAGGCGCCGCAAGACGGCGACGUCGUGAGCGCCGACGACGGCGUCAAGCGCAAGAACGGCGCCCUCGCGCCGCUGUGGAAGCUCGCCGAGAAGCUCGACUCGUACGGCGUCGAGGUUCGCGGCGUCGAGCGUGUCGAGGAGCACGAGCGGGCCGAGAACACCUGGCUCGAGCCCGGUUUCCUGUGGAUGAGCGCCAACAUGACCAUCUCGACGUUCUCGCUCGGCACCCUCGGCAACUCGAUCUGGUUCCUGCAGCCGGCCGACGCCUGCCUCACGAUCCUCUUCUUCAACCUCUUCACGACGCUCCCGGUCGCCCUCUUCUCGACCUGGGGCAAGCAGACCGGCCUGCGCCAGAUGAUGAUCGGCCGCUUCUCGUUCGGACCCUGGACCAUCCUCUUCCCCAUCCUCCUCAACUGCCUCGCCUGCAUCGGCUGGUCCACCAUCAACACCAUCGUCGGCGCGUCGGCCCUGCACGCCGUCACCGACACGCACCAGCUCCCUGAGCCGGCGGGCAUCGUCAUCAUCGCCCUCAUCACGCUCUUUGUGGCCCUCUUCGGCUACAAGUACGUGCAUGCCAUCGAGCGCUACUCGUCGAUCCCGGUCUUCGUCAUCUUCCUCAUCAUGCUCGGCCAGGCCGGCCGCUUCAUGCACGGCGGCUACGGCGGCGUCGGCGAGGCCGAGGCAGCGAGCGUUCUCUCGUUUGGCGGCACGAUCGCCGGUUUCUCGCUCGGCUGGACGUCGCUCGCGGCCGACUACACCGUGUACCAGCGCGCCAACACGGCCAACUGGAAGAUCUUCCUCUCGACCUAUGUCGGCCUGAACGUCCCGCUCGUCUUCGUAGAGUCGCUCGGCGCCCUCAUGAUGUCGACGCUCGACGUCAAGGAGACCUGGGCGGCGGUUGCCAAGAACGCGGACGGCUCGACCAACCUCGGUGGCCUCCUCGGCGCUCCCCUCAUCGCGAUGGGCGGCUUUGGUCGCUUCCUCCUCGUCAUCCUCGCGCUCUCGAUCGUUGCCAACAACAUCCCGAACGUCUACUCGUUCGCCCUCACGUUCCAGGCGUUCGGCAAGUACGCGCAGCGCAUCCCGCGCUUCUUCCUGUGCAUCGUCUGCACCAUCAUCUACAUCGUCCUCGCCGAGGCCGGCUACACCUCGUUCGAGUCGGCGUUCGACACGCUCCUCGUCCUCCUGUCGUACUGGCUCGCCAUCUACACGUGCAUCCUCCUCGAGGAGCACUUUAUCUUCCGCGGCGGCAAAUUCGCCAACUACAACCUGCACCGCUACAACGACCGGGCCAACCUACCCGUCGGCCUCGCCGCCGCCUUCUCGCUGUGCUGCGGCAUCGCCGGUGCCGUCGUCGGCAUGUCCCAAACGUGGUACGUCGGGCCUAUCGGUCGCAUGAUCGGCGACCCCAAGUACGGUGCCGACCUCGGCUUCGAGCUCGCCUUUGGCUUCACCGCCGUCACCUACCCCGUGUGCCGCUACCUCGAGCGCAAGUACACGGGCCGGUAA